CUUUAUUUAUUUAUUUAUUUAUUUAUUUUUGGUUUGGUUUCUUCUUCAGAGGUCGCGAUUGUGGAAUAUGUGAUCGUGGAAGGAGAACCCACGUGAGCUUUGAAUCUUCUUCGAAUCCAUCCAAUUUUGGAUUCGUAAUUGUUCGAAUUUCGAUCUGUACGAUGCUCGUGUCCGCGGAAAAUGGCGCGGGAUUUGGGUUUUUUUUUUUUUUUUUUUUUUUUUUUUCUUUCCUUUGGUUUCUCUGAGCUCGAUCGUCGUUAGGGUUUGAAUUUGAUAUCGGAGUUGUAGAAGUAGGGGCCGGAGCUGUAGAAAUGGCGAUCUCCACACGACAAGCGGUAGCGCCGUGGUUUCUGUGGCUUCUAUUGUUGUUUAAUCCCGUUGCUAGGGUUCUAGCGAACCCGGAAGGUGAUGCAUUAAGCAAAUUAAAGAACAAUUUGAACGAUCCUACUAAUGUACUGCAGAGUUGGGACCCAACGCUGGUCAAUCCGUGCACAUGGUUCCAUGUUACCUGUGAUAACGAUAAUAGUGUUAUCAGAGUUGAUCUUGGAAAUGCACAGUUGUCUGGUACAUUGGUUCCUGAUCUCGGUGUACUAAAAAAUUUGCAAUAUCUGGAACUCUACAGUAACAACAUUAGUGGGAGUAUUCCUUAUGAACUUGGGAAUCUGACAAAUUUGGUGAGCUUGGAUCUGUACAUGAACAAGUUCAGUGGCCCGAUUCCCCCUACAUUGGGGAACCUGAUGAAUCUACGUUUCCUUCGGCUCAACAACAAUAGCUUAUCUGGUCAAAUUCCUCAAUCUUUGACCAAUAUCACCACGCUUCAAGUUCUGGAUUUGUCAAACAACAAUCUAUCAGGACCUGUUCCUUCUACUGGAUCUUUCUUACUUUUCACCCCCAUAAGUUUUCAAAACAACCCUAAUUUGUGUGGCCCGGGAACGACAAAACGUUGUCCUAAUGGCCCUCCAUUGCCUUCGCCGCCUCCAUUUGUUCCUCCAACACCGCCAUCAUCUCCAGGAAGCAGUGCCUCUACAACUGGGGCACUUGCUGGAGGAGUCGCUGCAGGCGCCGCUCUUUUGUUUGCUGCACCGGCUAUCGGGUUUGCAUGGUGGCGGCGCCGCAAGCCACAAGAGCAUUUCUUUGAUGUACCAGCUGAAGAAGACCCAGAAGUCCAUUUGGGUCAGCUCAAAAGAUUUUCUCUGCGGGAAUUACAAGUCGCAACUGAUAACUUCAGCCCCAAGAACAUUUUGGGCAGAGGAGGUUUCGGAAAGGUGUACAAGGGCCGUCUUGCUGACGGUACGUUGGUGGCGGUAAAGAGGUUAAAAGAAGAGAGAACACCAGGUGGCGAGCUUCAGUUUCAAACAGAAGUUGAAAUGAUUAGCAUGGCAGUGCAUCGUAACCUGCUCCGCCUUCGUGGAUUCUGCAUGACGCCGACCGAACGGUUGCUUGUGUAUCCCUAUAUGGCUAAUGGAAGUGUUGCUUCAUGCUUAAGAGAGAGAUUACCUUCUCAGCCACCUCUAGAUUGGCCAACCCGACGACGGAUUGCUUUGGGAGCGGCGAGGGGGCUGUCGUACUUGCAUGAUCACUGUGACCCAAAAAUUAUCCACCGAGAUGUCAAAGCUGCAAAUAUAUUACUGGAUGAAGAGUUCGAGGCGGUUGUUGGGGACUUCGGCCUGGCUAAACUCAUGGACUACAAAGACACUCACGUGACAACCGCUGUUCGUGGAACGAUUGGACACAUCGCCCCUGAAUACUUGUCUACUGGAAAGUCAUCAGAAAAAACUGAUGUUUUUGGGUAUGGGAUCAUGCUUCUGGAACUCAUUACAGGGCAAAGGGCAUUUGAUCUUGCCAGGCUCGCGAAUGAUGAUGAUGUCAUGUUGCUUGACUGGGUAAAAGCACUCCUUAAAGAAAAGAAGUUGGAAAUGUUGGUAGACCCGGACCUACAGAACAACUAUAUCGAUGUCGAAGUCGAGUCGCUUAUACAAGUCGCGCUGCUAUGUACACAGAGUUCGCCAAUGGAGCGGCCGAAGAUGUCGGAGGUGGUGAGAAUGCUUGAAGGAGAUGGUCUCGCAGAGAGAUGGGAGGAGUGGCAGAAAGUAGAAGUGGUACGACAAGAGAUGGAGAUGGACCCUCGUAAUCACAAUUCUGAGUGGAUAAUAGACUCCACCGACAACCUUCGUGCAGAUGAAUUAUCUGGCCCUAGAUGAUUAUGAUGCUGAUGCAAACAUGAAGAAGAGGAGAUUACCAGGAAAUGCCCAGCAAAAUGUUUAUACGAAUCUGUGGGAAUACUUAUAAACUGAUACAGUGGGAAUACUUAUUUUCUCUUUUCUUUUAAACUGAUACAGUGUUGAGUUUGCUUCUCGCAGGAGAUGCAUUUGGAGACUUUGACAGGGGUUACGAUAUGUAGAUUAUUUGUAUUAAUACCAGGUUUGUCGAUUAGGGAUUCACCAUUUUGAUUGUUCAUAAGGCGAAGGACCACAGCAGUGUGAAAUUCUCCUACUUUGUGUAAAAUGCAGUCAAAUUGGGAAUACGAUUACUUAUUUAUAGGCCAAAUCUUUUGAGGAAGCAGAUUUGUAUCAAAGAUUGAAUAACUCACAGCUUUGUACCAUUGUUUGUGAAUUACUUGUGACUUGUCCUCCAAUUAGUCA